AUGGGGAGUUUCGACAUGUAUUGUGCCAUUUGCGGCUGCUCUCUCGGAUGGGGAGGGAAGAUUGGGUCGAAGUCCCCCGCGGCCCUGAACCGGCGGCGCGCAAGAAUCGCCCGGAUACGCGCAGCACGGGAGCGUGGCGAGCCCGAUCCGGGCACUGACAGUGAUGAAAAAGAGGAGCAGGAAAACGGGAAUGAGACGGACGACGAGGUUUGGCAUUCAGCGGAUGAGGACCACAGCCACGACCCAUCUGGAUCUCUCUGGCUUGCCGAAAGCUACUGUCUGGCGAUCAAUCCACAAGCACAAGGCCACCCGAACUACUCCUUUACUGGCCCGGUAGCCUUUCCCUUUCACCCAUGCUGCUUCAGCAUCCUGACCGACGUGCUCGCUGGGUCUACGGAUGUUACCACAAUCGACAAGGACGCGUUAUACAGCGCCAUGUGUGAACUUGUCACACCCUACGCAUCGUGUCUGAGGAUCAACUACGGGGAUAUCAAUGGCAGGGAUCAAACAUGGGUGUCGAUACCCGGGGAAGAGGUAAGCAGAUUCUCUGUAGCGCACCCUGGCACAACACCCGAGAUGGCCGAGGUGCUAGUAGCCUGCGUGGCCGAUGAGAUGUUUCAGAUGCGGCCGGACAGUUUAGGAAUCACUCGUGAAGUUCGAGUCCAAGACCCGUUCGCUGCACUGCCGCCCGAGAUACUGCCCAAUAUCUUUCGCUUCCUUCCGGGAGACGCCCUGCUCGCCCUGCUCAAAGCCUCCUGGGUGGCCUUCUGCACGACCCGCCACAAUUCGUUCUGGAAGUGGUUCCUCAAACACGAUAUGCCGUGGCUGAUCGAAUUGCGGCGACUGCUCGAGGAUCCACGGCGAGGCCCUGAGCCGAAUUACAAAGUCUUAUACAUGUGGCUAAAUGAGCUCACAACCCCGAGCUUUGGCAUGGACAGCCCCCUUACCGGUCUCGCAAAUAGGAGACGCAUCUGGAGUGUUUGCGAGGAGCUUGCCCCUCGUUACUUCCGCCAGCUCCAAGUCCCACUCCAGCAAACGCCCGAUGACAGUAUGCUCCAAAGGGCCCACUGCCGCCAUCUCGUUUUCGUAUCCGGCGCCAGGGAGCCGCAGGGGGAGUCUUGGAGUUUUCAAAGGACUCUAUUUGUGUACUCACAAGAUGAGAUUAAGAACAAGUUGUUUUCCUUCAGCGCAUACUGGGCGGAAGACUCCCGCCUUGCUGGGUUAUGUGUCAUGGUCGGCAAGCAGAAGCGCACCUUUGGCCUCACGGACAACGACAUGCCUGAUCUCACCAAGACGGUCAUGUGUCUCGCAAUGGGUGACUGUAUCAAGGAAAUCACCCUACUGUUUGUAACCACGGACCCCAACAAAGAUAUGGCCGCGUCGCCCCGAGUCGUGGGACUACAGGUACGUAGAUGCCCUCACCCGGAAACUACCGAACUCGCGCGAGACCCUUCACCCGCGCCGAUUUCCGUUUCCUAA